UGAGCUCAGUGACCGUGCUCGCCGUGAUACAUGAGCGCGCGUGCCGAGCGCGAGAAGCGGUUCCGGUUGUCCCGUGUGAUCGACUUCACUUGUUUGCUCUCUCGUUAAUUAGGAUAUGGAGUCUCUCUGAGUUGUGAGGAAUUCUGUUUUAGUUAAGCUUCGCAAACACGUCCGAGGAUGUCCAAUUUCAGCAUCUCCACCUCGUCCAAUCACAGCUCGCUUCAUGGAAACCUGAACAGACCCGUGACGGUGUUCAGCGUCCUGACCUUCACCCUGCUUGCCAUGCUGGUUUUGGCCACAUUCAUGUGGAACAUGCUGGUCCUCGUGACCAUCCUAAGGGUCCGCACUUUUCAUCGUGUUCCUCACAACCUGGUGGCCUCCAUGGCCAUCUCGGACGUGAUGGUGGCCGGACUCGUGAUGCCCCUGAGCCUCGUCCGGGAGCUGUAUGGCCGCCGGUGGAUCCUCGGGCGAGCUCUCUGUCAGAUGUGGAUCUCCUUCGACGUUCUCUGCUGCACUGCCAGUAUCUGGAAUGUUACCGCCAUCGCGCUCGAUCGCUACUGGUCCAUCACACGACACCUGGAGUACACUCUGAAGAGACGCAAGAGGAUCUCCAAUGUGAUGAUCGGACUGACGUGGAUGCUCUCGUCUAUCAUCUCCUUCUCGCCGCAGUUUGGAUGGGGAGAGACGUACUCGGAGGAAGCGAUGGAGUGCCAGGUGAGCCAGGAGCCAUCCUACACCAUCUUCUCCACCUUUGGAGCGUUCUAUCUGCCGCUCUGUGUCGUGCUGUUCGUCUACUGGAAGAUCUAUAAAGCGGCCAAAUUUCGCAUCGGAUCCAAGAAGAACACCGUUACUCCGGCUCCAGAGGCUGUGGAGUCAAAAGAGGCGAAUCGGCAGCGUCCUCAGACGGCGUUUGCGGUCCGUCACGCCACCGUGACCUUCCAGACAGACAGCGAGACGUGGCGGGAGCAGAAGGAACGUCGUGCUGCGCUGAUGGUCGGAAUCCUGAUCGGCGUCUUCGUCCUCUGCUGGAUCCCCUUCUUCCUGACCGAGCUGAUCACACCUCUCUUCUCCUGGCAUAUACCGCCAACCUGGAAGAGCAUCUUCCUCUGGCUCGGCUACUCCAACUCCUUCUUCAACCCGCUCAUCUACACGGCUUUUAACAAGAACUACAACAGCGCCUUCAGGAACCUCUUCAACAAGCAGCGCUGAUCAAUGAUCACACACUAGCAUCACGCUGACACAGAUUAUCAUGUGUACAUAAAGGGUUACUUAUAAUAGCUCAGAUACACAAAGCAGAACCUCAACCUCGCCUUGAGGAACCUCUUCAGCAGCUAAUGCUAACUAGUGAUGGAAACUAGCAAGCUAGAAAGCAAGAAUUAGCAUGUAGAUGAUCUGUUUACAUAAAUACAUGAUGAAUUAUCACACUUUUUUUCUAAGUAAAGCUUAAGAUAGAUGAACAAAUUAAUCACUUUCAAAUUUUUUUGUACAGAUUACAGUGUGAGAUGAAUUCAGCAUUCAGCUAGCACGAGUUCAUGCUAACACUCUGAAUGCUAUAUCCAGCACUCUAAGUCAUCUUAAUUUCUGAUGAUAAAUCAAAUCUAGUUAGCAAGCUAGGCUAGUUAAUCAGUCUGUACUAGCUAGACUGGUGAGGGUGUUGCUAUAGUUACAUAUGGUGAGCUCCUUGACUAUUUUUAAGCGCGAAUGCAGGCUAAAUCCAUCCACGGUCAUGGAAUUUUUGGAUGGUUUGCCAUUCCUGGUGAAUUUCUCUGAAGCUUCCCACAAUGCAACAGGAGGAUUUUUGGAGAAUUUGCCAGUUUUAGAGGUGUUUCCUGCUUUGUAUGAGUUUCUUGCUAAGCUUUAGAAAUGUCGCUGUGAUUGCUUGUGCCUCAUCUUUUGAAGAACCAAAACAAAGUAAUGAAGUAAUAAAUGAAAUGUGAAUAAUAAGAGCUGAAAAUAUAACACUAAAGCACAGAUUUGAUUUCUUUUCCCUUGCGCUUCUGAAUGAUCUUCACGGCCUUCGCUGUGAAUAGUUAUUUUCCGAACGCAGAAAUGAAUCUGACAAUCUCCAAGUGCCAAGGACAAAGAGUUCACUUUUUAUUCUCUGUUCUUAACAACAGCGUGAUGUUUGGACUUUAACAACAUUCCAGGCGAUUCAUGUGGAGACGAUGGUCCAGUAAUCAUGUUUAAUAAAUACCUAACAGUGAAGCGGAGUUACUUUCACCAUCCUGAAGUUGAUUAUUUUAUAAUAACAGCCUAUAACAGCAUGUCCUCAGGUGAUGUAUUCCUCUGUCCAGAUCCUCAAAUUCAAAUAAAGCAUCAGCUGUACACGUCCAUGUGAAUGAGCUGUUGCUAUAGAAAUAAUAACGUAUUAGAGGGAGUGCAUUAAUAUCAUCACAAUAAUCCUGUGAUUUUGGAGCUGCACUACUGUCAGGGUUGCUGUUAUUGAAAACUAAUCAAUCGUGUUUUGAUUUCUGCUCUAAUGCUAAUGCUGAGACUGUCGCUGACGUCUUUGUGUAAAUCAGAUUUGAUCAAAUAAAUGCAGACAGAAAUUAGUUGAUUAUGUAGGUGGAGAUAUUUAGAUUAACGUGAGCGUGGAAUAUUUUCCGGUGUGUUAAGAGUGAGAUCAGAUAAUGCGAACGGGACAGAGCCGCUGGACUAACAGGGAAAAAGCUUUUCAGUUUUCUUCAUUUCUCGCUCAGAGCUUCUCUCAUUGUGUUUGAAGUCAUGUUAUCUGUCAAUAGCCUGGACCUUGAGCAUCUUACAUCUUACAGCCAGACUGCUGAGCUCUUUCAUUAUCGUUUCCUUUACCAUUAAAUUCAACUAAGAAGCGUGGCUUUGUGACUGUCACUUUCAGUGAAGGAGGUGUGGCUUUUAUGCCAGUUACAGCAGAGGUGUGACCUAUGUACCAAUCUCAGUGAAGAAGGUGUGGUCUAUGUACCAGUCUCAGUCUACCUGGCCUAUGUAGAGGUUAGUCUGGUGAAGGAGGUGUGGCCUGUAUAUAAAUUACAGUGAAGGAUGUGUGGUCUGUAUAUACAUUACAGUGAGGAGGUGUGGUCUGUAUAUAAAUUACAGUGAAGGAGGUGUGGUCUGUAUAUACAUUACAGUGAGGAGGUGUGGUCUGUAUAUAAAUUACAGUGAAGGAUGUGUGGUCUGUAUAUACAUUACAGUGAGGAGGUGUGGUCUGUAUAUAAAUUACAGUGAGGAGGUGUGGUCUGUAUAUAAAUUACAGUGAAGGAGGUGUGGUCUGUAUAUACAUUACAGUGAAGGAGAUGUGGCCUGUAUAUAAAUUACAGUGAAGGAGGUGUGGCCUGUAUAUAAAUUACAGUGAAGGAGGUGUGGCCUAUAUACCAGUCUUAGUGAAGGAAGUGUGGCCUAUAUACCAGUCUCAGUGAAGGAGGUGUGGCCUAUAUACCGGUCUCAGUGAAGGAGGUGUGGCCUAUAUACCAGUCUCAGUGAAGAAGGUGUGGUCUAUGUACCAGUCUCAGUGAAGGAGGUGUGGCCUAUAUACCAGUCUCAGUGAAGGAGGUGUGGCCUUUAUGCCAGUUACAGCAGAGGUGUGACCUAUGUACCAAUCUCAGUGAAGAAGGUGUGGUCUAUGUACCAGUCUCAGUCUACCUGGCCUAUGUAGAGGUUAGUCUGGUGAAGGAGGUGUGGCCUGUAUACAAAUUACAGUGAAGGAUGUGUGGUCUGUAUAUACAUUACAGUGAGGAGGUGUGGUCUGUAUAUAAAUUACAGUGAAGGAGGUGUGGUCUGUAUAUACAUUACAGUGAGGAGGUGUGGUCUGUAUAUAAAUUACAGUGAAGGAGGUGUGGCCUGUAUAUAAAUUACAGUGAAGGAUGUGUGGUCUGUAUAUACAUUACAGUGAGGAGGUGUGGUCUGUAUAUAAAUUACAGUGAAGGAGGUGUGGUCUGUAUAUACAUUACAGUGAAGGAGAUGUGGCCUGUAUAUAAAUUACAGUGAAGGAGGUGUGGCCUGUAUAUAAAUUACAGUGAAGGAUGUGUGGCCUAUAUACCAGUCUUAGUGAAGGAAGUGUGGCCUAUGUACCUGUCUCAGUGAAGGAGGUGUGGCCUAUAUACCGGUCUCAGUGAAGGAGGUGUGGCCUAUAUACCAGUCUCAGUGAAGAAGGUGUGGUCUAUGUACCAGUCUCAGUGAAGGAGGUGUGGCCUAUAUACCAGUCUCAGUGAAGGAGGUGUGGCCUUUAUGCCAGUUACAGCAGAGGUGUGACCUAUGUACCAAUCUCAGUGAAGAAGGUGUGGUCUAUGUACCAGUCUCAGUCUACCUGGCCUAUGUAGAGGUUAGUCUGGUGAAGGAGGUGUGGCCUGUAUAUAAAUUACAGUGAAGGAUGUGUGGUCUGUAUAUACAUUACAGUGAGGAGGUGUGGUCUGUAUAUAAAUUACAGUGAGGAGGUGUGGUCUGUAUAUAAAUUACAGUGAGGAGGUGUGGUCUGUAUAUAAAUUAAGGUGAAGGAGAUGUGGCCUGUAUAUAAAUUACAGUGAAGGGGGUGUGGCCUAUGUACCAGUCUUAGUGAAGGAAGUGUGGCCUAUGUACCUGUCUCAGUGAAGGAGGUGUGGCCUAUAUACCAGUCUCAGUGAAGGAGGUGUGGCCUAUAUACCAGUCUCAGUGAAGAAGGUGUGGCUUAUGUACCAGUCUCAGUGAAGGCGGUGUGGCCUAUGUACCAGUCUCAGUGAAGGAGGUGUGGUCUAUGUACCAGUCUCAGUCUACCUGGCCUCUGUGCAGGUUUGUCUGGCGAAGGAGGUGUGAUCUAUAUGUAAAUUACAGUGAAGGAGGUGUGGUCUGUAUACAAAUUACAGUGAAGGAGUUGUGGUCUGUAUGUAAAUUACAGUGAAGGAGGUGUGGUCUGUAUACAAAUUACAGUGAAGGAGGUGUGGUCUAUAUAUGCAUUACAAUGAAGGAGGUGUGGCCUGUAUAUAAAUCACAAUGAAGGAGGUGUGGUCUAUAUAAAAAUUACAGUGUAGGGGGUGUGGCCUAUAUGGUGCAAGUGAGGGAGGUGUGGCCUCUGUGCUAGUCACAUACAGUGAAGAGGACUUGGCUAUGUGCCAAUUAAAGUGAAGGAAGUAUAACAUGGCAUUUCACUAUAUAAGCUUGAAAGAACACACACACACACACACACACACAUACACACGUUAUGCUUUGACACCAAUUCUGUUUCAUUCAAAAUCCCUCAGAGAGUGAAAUCACUGCAGCACCAAAGAAAUGUCUGUACAUCACACACAGGCAUAUUAAGAUGUGCAGUCGAGUGUAAGUGUGUGUGUGUGUGUGUGUGUGUGUAUACUGAUCGCGUAAGCUUAUUUUCCGUAUCCACAUCCAUUCAUCUCAUCACACAUUCAACACUUCAACAUUCAAUGCUUUAAAGAUCUGAAGCGCUGCCGUUACACAAGUGUUAUCUUCAAACACACACACACACACACACACACACCCUGUACAAACAGAGUCAUUUUCAGGCCUAAUUGGAUCAUGAAGUGUCAGGUAAGAAAUGCACUGGUGGGAGGCAGACAUGAAUAAUGCAUGAGGCAGCUUCUUAAGCAACACACACACACACAGUAAGAACAUCCUGCUCUGGAUGAAUAACUGAUAAAUAUACUUUAACAAAAAUUUUUUUAAAGAUUAAUAAAAACAAUUUCUUGGACUCCUCUGUAUGUGUGUGUGUUUACUUUAUAUUCAGACUUAUGCACAGACAGAUUCUCUUUCUGAUCAUAUUCAGAUCUUUAAUAUGGUUCAGAUUUGAUCUUUCAGACAUCUCCUCGGCACUGUGUGUCCAUCAAAUCCGGUCAGUGUUGUGUUUUAUAAAGGCAGCAUCUUCUCUGUAUCCAGGGACACAUUAUCCUGUCUGUCGAUCCGAAAGGUUUUAUUUGUUCACUGGAUUUUAUUAAAUGAUGAAAAAAAAUAAAAGCGUCUGACAUUUA